AUGUCAAAUAUUGUUUUAGGAAUCUUAAUGACCUUCGGACCAGUCCUGGGUUAUAUAGAUCAGAUAAUAAAAUUUAGAACAACAAAGUCUAGUUUUGGCUUUUCUUUAGACACUCCUGGAAUAUUAUUGAUUAGCAGGAUCGGCAAAAGAUUCGACAUUGUACUUCUAUAUCAAAGUAUAGUAAUGAUUGUAGUUCAAAUAUGGCUACUUUACGAAUGUAUUAGAUAUCGCACCCCAACUUUGUCAAUUCAUAAUCGUAAACGCUGGUUUUGGAAUUGGAGAUCUUUUAGGCCUUAUAUGACUUGUUUGAUAGUUUUGCUUGGACAUUUAAUAUUUUUUUCUAAUUUGUUUGGUGACCGUAUUUGGUUUGUAGAGCUUUUGGGAUAUUUGGCACUUGGAGUCGAAUGCACGCUUCCUAUGCCACAAGCAGUACAAAAUUAUAAAAAUCAAUCCGUCUCGGGAUUUAGACUAACAUCCGCACAAAAAUCUAAAGUUACAUUGUCCCUUUUUACAACAGUGGCUUUAUUUGCUAUAUUUACUGUUGCUGCACCACCUUUUUUACCAUGCCCUGCCCUUGAUGACGCACAACGUAGGGCAUUAUUGGAACAACGUCUUAAAGAAGAAUCCGGUAAAAGAAAAGUGGUGGUGAUAUCGAGAAAUAAAGAUGGAAAUUACCGGAAAAUAGGAUGA